CUCUUAUGUUCCCAUGCCCACGAAACAAAUGCGACCGCUCUUCUUCUCCCCUCCUCGCUGCUCGCGACUUCGCGUGCGCCAUUGAGAAUCCACUGUUGCAGCUUCGUUCCCGCGGCGGAAAGAAAGAAAAGUGAAGCGGAAAGCUGUUUGCAUUCUCCGCUUACUUCUCCUCCACUCUUUCCCCUUUCUGCUCCAAUCAAGAGGCGAAAUCUACCGAAAAGACGCCAUUUUUCUGUGCCCUUGGUGCUCGUGCGCAGGCGUUGACUCUUCUGGGAGGCCUCUGAAGUCAUGCUUGAUCCACCAUGGCGACCUCCAAUCACGGACCACUCAAGCCGGAGACUUUGCUAUUGUAGUAUCUGGAAUGUAGCUGCUUUCCUCUUUUUUUCCUUCAUCAUUGGAACCGCCUAUAUUGCAACUGAUUAUAAGGAGAAAAUGAUAGCUGGUUCACUAACUGGCUUUGCAAACAUCACCCAAAGCUUUUCAAGGAAGAGUACAUUCAACUUGGAGUCCACUCAAUCUGACUUAUGCAAGAGUCCUUGUAAGGCAUCAGGGUCUGAACCACUUCCCAAAGGAAUUAUUAGCCGGACAUCAGACAUGGAAAUGGUGCCUCUUUGGGGUGCUCCAAAAAAAAAGAAAAUUACAAGUUCACAGAAGAAUUUAUUGGCAAUGGCAGUUGGUAUAAAGCAAAAAGAAAUUGUGGAUAAAAUCGUAAUGAAGUUUGCUUCGUCUAACUGCAUGGUAAUGCUCUUUCACUAUGAUGGUAUUGUUGACAAAUGGAAAGAUCUACAAUGGAGUGACAGUGCUUUGCAUAUUUCUGCAAUGAAUCAAACAAAAUGGUGGUUUGCAAAACGCUUCUUACAUCCAGACAUGGUUGCACCAUACAAGUACAUAUUCUUAUGGGAUGAGGACCUCGGAGUGGAAAAUUUUCAUCCUGAAAGAUAUUUGACAAUUGUGGAGAGGGAAGGCUUGGAGAUAUCGCAACCUGCUCUUGAUCCUGCAAAAUCAUCUAGAGUUCACCACCAAAUUACUGCACGUCAGAGUCAUGGAGAUAUACACAGAAGAAUCUUCAAGUUAAAUGGCGGAGGAAGAUGCUACAGGAACAGUACUGCCCCACCUUGUACUGGGUGGAUAGAAAUGAUGGCUCCUGUUUUCUCUCGGGCUUCUUGGCGUUGUGUGUGGCAUAUGAUACAAAGUGACUUGAUUCAUGCUUGGGGUUUGGAUUUGAAACUUGGUUAUUGUGCUCAGGGUGACCGGAUCAAAAAUAUCGGAGUGGUGGAUGGUGAAUACAUAGUUCACAAGGCACUUCCUACGCUUGGUGGGCUUGACAAGAAAGAGAUAUCCCCUGGUAAACCUACAACUAACGAUAGAUUCGCAGUAAGAAUACGAUCGUCUAUCGAAUUGAAGAUCUUUAAAGAGCGAUGGAGAGAAGCUGUAACAGAAGAUAAUUGCUGGACGGAUCCAUACCGUGAAUGAACCUGCUAAACCAAGGACAUAGAAGUUAGUUUUCAUAUAUCUUGACUCGAGCAAAAUUUGGAACAAAAUCAUCUGCAUAGGAGUAUACCAACAAAUUCUUUAUCGUCACAUUUGCGGCAUUAAAAUUGCUGUACAGUUUUUUAUAUCAACUACAUGACAAUCGAAAUACAACGAUAGAUACAUAUAUAUGAUCCCGCUUAAUCGUUGUUGAGUUGAUACAAAACGAAUUUAUCUUGUACUUAUGGCUUUUACAUUCAUAAUUGAUGGUGUCGUUUUUUGUUUGCA